AUGGCCACCUCCCUCCUCCAACAGUUUCCAUCCCUCGCAUCCUACCCGCCCUCAUUCCUCAAAGACCUCCUCUCCUCCCCAGACCUCACAGAGGCAUUCCUCUUCUCCCUUCCAGAAGUACAGGAACUCGCAGCAGAGGUCGAGAGGCUCGGUCACGAGAAUGACAACCUUGCUCGCAACAACCUCGCCAUGAGGGACGAGCUCAUCGCUCUCCGCGACGCCACGGCCCAGUCGUACACGCACGCCGAGCAACUCAAGAAGCACUGGGCCGAGAUUGAAAAGUCCCAGGCAAACCUCUACCAGCGCCAGCGCCCGUCGUUCCUGCACCUCCGCCUGCGGCACUCCCUUACGGCCCAGGAUGACGCGAGCGAGAAGAUUGCAACGACCUUUAUCGAGGGCGGCAAUGGCGGCAACGGCAGCGGCACGGCGUCCAGAGUGGACUCGCCGGCACCUGGUGCCGAGGAGAAGGUCCGCGACCACGCUCUGGACGACUUCAUCACCGAGUUCAAAGCGGCCCGCAAGACGUACCACAAGCGUGCCAUCUGGGCCGAGCGGUGGUCUCGCGGCGAAGUGGCCUGGCGCGAUGACUAG